AUCUGAUCUAGAAAUCCGUUAGAAACUUUGUUUCUAACAUCUGGUAUCAGAGCCAUGGUCGAAUACCUGAGUUCAUCACAACUCUCUCAGGGACAGCUUCCUACCAAAUCGAAACUGAUAAGUUCAACAGAUAUAUCGGAGCUGACGUGGGUUCAAAAUCAAGAAAGAAUGUGGCAUAUCGUGGAGAAUUGGAAGGAGCAAGGGCUGCGGACUGCUGCGAAAGCUGGUGAGGACGAUGAAGCGGGUGGGCUGCCGCUGCCCGCCGUUGCUGGCGGGGACGAGGUGAACGUCGCGCGGCCAGAUGAAAUCCUAAUGAGUGCGACAAACAUCUCGGAGCCGACAUGGGCUCAACGACGGGAGCAGCUGCGGCAAAUCGUCGAGUACUGUAAGAUAAACGCGUCGCGACGCGGGGAGGAAGGUGGUAACGACGCGGCGGCAAGGCAGCCGCCGACCGCAGGUGCCGUCAGGACCAACAAGAAGUCGUCUGCGACCAGUGUCGCGGCGGACGACGAAGUCGAGGGGACCGAGGAUUGCCAUGGGGUAGGGGAGCAGUUGGAGUGCCCGCUGGCUGUAGCUUCCGUGGGGGCGACGACUGACGAAGAGGUGAGGAAGAGGAUGUGGCCUGAAGCAAGUUGGGUUCUUCGCCGCCGGGAGGAGGGCUCGAUGCCGGAGGAGUCGCCGCGGGAGGAGUUGGGGAAGAAACAACCGACGAUUGAGGAGGAAGGCGGCGACACCUCUUUGCUCACAAAUUCUGUGUCUCCAAUGGAGGAUUUGGAUGGGCCAAAAGCUGAGCUCGUUAGGGUUUUUUGUGGGCCAACUCUUGGGCCGAGAAAGAAAGAAUAUGAAGGGGUUCAAGAGGCUAAUGGUCUUCAAAAGUAGCAAAUAUUUGAAUUUCAAUUAAGUUUUCUGGUUGCAGAGCUCAUAUAUGGAGUUGGGCCAAAUAUGAGAGAAAAGCGGGCCGAACAAGGACUGUGUAGGAGGCCCAACACAAAGCUGGUAGUGAGUCUAAUUAACAGACGUGGGCCUUAUCCUAUUGAGAACAUUGGGCCACUUGGAGCCCUAUUAUGUGGGGUGGAAUUAGAAGACAAAGUGGAUGGGUUUAGGGGUUUAGCUUAUGGGCUUUCCAAAGAGUUUGAGCAACAAGCAUGUGGAGAAGCAAGAAGGCCAAGUCGAGGAGUGGAGCAUGAUUGGAAGAAACGAAAGCGCAAGAAAGUUUGUGUAAGAAAAAUGGUAAUUGGUGGGGGUGCGCAUUGGGAAGGAAAUAUUAGAACAGCCUAAUUUCUGUAAGAAGUACCAUUUUUCUUACAUAAACUUUCGAAAUAACAAUCUUAUCUCGAA